GCGCAGUGCCCCUCCCUUGUUCCCUUCUCUCUCCUUCCCUUCCUUGGUUCUUCCCUCCCUUCCUUUAUCCUUCCCUCCCUUCCCUAUUCGGCUGCUCUGGUGUCUAACCCCCUGUGCCGCCAAGGCCAGGGGAGCCCCUGGGUCUUCAGGACGGGGAAGAUUCUGUACAAAUGAGCAUCACCUAUAUAAACAGGUUGCCCAGCUGGGAGAGAGGACACCUGCUGACUGGCGUGGCGUCCAGCACCGAUGCGUCUACCUUCUCCUCUGAAGGUGAACACAAGGAGACUGACAGGUGCUGCUGGAAACACACGCCGUGCACCGGGCACAUCAUCUACCCCUUCCGCUCUGACUACGGCCACCAUAGUCUGCACCUGCAUGCUGUCAGCCACUGCGACUGCGAUUCUAGGCUGAAGGACUGCUCAGAGAAGACAAAUAGCAGCAGCUCCCGAGACCCUGGCCCGACCUGCUUGAACAUCAUCCAGUCCCCUUGCUUCGAGCUGGUCCCCGAGGAGGAGAGUGUGGAGAGGUUCUGGUACGGCUGGUGCAAAAGCUACAGGCCUGUCUCCGUGGCAGUGAUCCAUCAUCCCCUCCACCACGAGUGUGGGACAGAUGACUUAAAUGAAGAGGAGGAAGAAAGCAAGCCGCCCAUCCCGACCCAGGUGGGGCCCACCACCACACCCACUGAGCCAGGCACCGGCACGGUCACCGGGGCCCUGGACUCGGCAGCUCCCAUCACCAUCUGGCGCUCUGAGAGUCCCACGGGGAAGAACCAGGGCAGCAAGGUGAUCAAGAAGGUAAAGAAGAAAAAGGAAAAAGAGAGAGAGAGAGACAAGGAGGAGGACACGGAUGAGAAGGCAAAGCUGAAGAAAAAAGCCAAGAAGGGCAAGCUGACUAAGAAGAGGAGCCCGGUGAAAUCUGAGUCUUCACCUCCAGACUUGAGCCGCUCGUUAAGCCCGAGGAGGUUGGCUAGGAUGUCAGAGUCCAGCCCCGAAAGCCGGGAAGAGCUGGAGAGUGAGGACAGUUACAAUGACCCCCGGCAGGAAGAACCCUCCAGCGAGGAUAUCGUGGAGUCUUCUUCAUCACCCAGGAAGAGAGAGAAGAACACCAGCCCGGUUAAGAAGAACGGGGCAAAGACCCCACAAGCCAGGAAGGUCACCAAGAGGAAAUCUCCCCCAGCAUCAAACCCCAAUCUCAGUUGAGGCCAGGGCAACCAGGUGAAGAAUAAAUGCCAUCAAGCCUGUAGCUGAGCCCUGCUGCUCUUCUCUCCCCCUACCUUUAGGCUCCUUUUUUUGGGGGGGUGGGGGCUGCUGUGGUUUGGGAAGGACAUGGGAGGGCAGGUGGGAGGAGAGGAAGGGGCACAUCCUAGGACGGACAGGAGAGUGCCGCUGGGUGGCGUGGGUGGGGAGGACCUUCCCUCCUGGGACACUGAGCUGAGUGAGACCCACUCCUGGGACAGGCAGGGUCUGCCUGCAGUGACUCCCCAAUAAACUGAAGCUUUCACCCACUCCUGCCACAGUGCCUGGCCUGU